UCGAUGCAAGCAGCUACAAUUAAAUUUGCUUACUCCCACGUUGAGCCAACCAAUGUCUUGAAAUAGCGGAGCUCAACAGAAAAAUUGCUACUUGGUGUUGGAAACUACUCCUUCAACUGCAAGAACAUUAUUCCAACUCCAAGUACAUCAUGGCUUCCAAUCUUAUUAAAACCUUAACCUUUGUCAUGGCAACUUUAGUUGCUUUCACACUUCAACUCUGCUACUUGUCACCCAUAGAUCCAGUUGUACUGGACAUACCACCUGCUGCAUCUUCAUUUUCUUCAGCCAAAAACAACCAAUUACAGAAUGUGAUUAAACUUGGAGAAGGAAUUAUGAAGAGACCAGAGGAUGUUUUAGUGGAUAAGGAAGGUAUUUUGUAUACAGCUACAGAAGAUGGUUGGAUUAAGAGAUUGGAUAGGAAUGGAAAUUGGGAGAAUUGGAAGCAUAUAGAUAGCUCUACUUUGCUUGGAAUCACAACAUCAAAAGACGGUGGUCUCAUUGUCUGUGAUGCUACCACGGGUUUGCUGAAGGUUACAGAAGAAGAUGGUUUCAGUGUUAUCCUUUCACAAGUUAAUGGUUCUCAAUUACUGUUUACAGAUGAUGUAAUAGAAGCAUCAGAUGGAAAUAUAUAUUUCAGUAUUCCAAGUACCAAAUUUGGUGUGCACAAUUGGUUUCUCGAUGUGCUUGAGGCGAGACCUAAUGGACAAGUUCUAAAAUACAAUCCUAUCUCAAAUGAGACAACUAUUGUCUUUGACAAUUUAGCCUUUCCCAAUGGUGUCGCACUAUCUAAAGACGAAGAUUAUCUUCUAGUUUGUGAAACUUGGAAAUUUAGGUGUAUAAGACAUUGGUUAAAAGGAAAUAACAAAGGAAAAACAGAUAUCUACAUUGAGAAUCUCCCCGGAGGACCUGAUAACAUUAAUCUUGCCCCUGAUGGCUCAUUUUGGAUCGCUCUACUUCAGAUGACUACUGAAAGGACGGGGUUUAUGCACACCUCUAAGGUAUUCAAGCACUUGUUAGCUUCAUUUCCAAGGCUAAUUAACAUGUUUAAUAGUGCAAUUAAGUCUGCAAUGGUGGUAAAAGUGGAUACUGAAGGCAAUAUUAUAAAAAUGUUUGGUGAUAAUGAUGGGAAGAUUAUUACUGGUGUAACUUCUGUUGUUGAGUUUGAAGACCAUCUUUAUUUAGGUAAUAUAAAUACUGACUUUGUUGGAAAAUUUCAAUUGUCAAGUGCAUAGAUGGAACUAGUGAAGUAAUUUAUGCAUUUAUUGAAUAAGGGGUGAAUAAUCUGCUUGCAUGAGAAAACAUCUUAUAAGUUUUGGUAUGUAUGAGUUAGAUGAAGCACAUAUAUAUUAUGUAAAUUUAGUAGUGAAAAAUUAUGUGUGUACUUUUGCGUGCGUAGAUAUUUGUUUUUUUGGUUA